UAUUUGAAUCGCGGCUGCACCCGAUACUUUGCAAACAAGGAUUCAGAUAAACAGAUCAUGCAAAACAGGAAAAGUCCUGAGGAUCAUAAGCAUGGGAAGGUGGGUGCCCUGAAGGACCCUCUGCUGGAUGACCUGGGGGACUUCAACAGGAUGGUGGUGGCCAUGAAGAAAAUCGGCCUGGAUGACACAGAGAAGCUCAAUCUCUUCAGAGUGGUGUCUGGUGUCCUUCAUCUCGGCAAUAUCGACUUUGAAGAGACAGGAAGCACCUCUGGUGGCUGCAUUUUGAAGAACCAGACCAGUCAGACUCUUGAAUACUGUGCCGAGCUCCUGGGCCUGGACCAGGACGACCUGAGAGUCAGCCUCACCACCAGGGUCAUGCUCACCACUGCAGGGGGCGCCAAAGGCACAGUCAUCAAGGUGCCUCUGAAGGUGGAACAGGCCAACAAUGCCCGCGAUGCCCUCGCCAAAGCCGUUUACAGCCGGCUCUUUGAUCAUGUGGUCAAACGGGUCAACCAGUGCUUCCCCUUUGAUACGUCCUCCAACUUCAUCGGUGUGCUGGACAUCGCUGGCUUUGAGUAUUUUGAGCACAACAGCUUCGAGCAGUUCUGCAUCAACUAUUGUAACGAAAAGCUGCAGCAGUUUUUUAAUGAACGCAUACUGAAAGAGGAGCAAGAGCUGUAUCAGAAAGAAGGCCUGGGAGUAAAUGAAGUUCAUUAUGUAGAUAAUCAGGACUGCAUAGAUCUGGUUGAGGCAAAGCUGGUGGGUAUCUUGGAUAUUCUUGAUGAGGAGAACCGUCUUCCCCAGCCCAGUGAUCAGCACUUUGCAGAGGUGGUUCACAGCAAGCACAAAGAUCACUUCCGCCUCACCGUUCCCAGGAAGUCAAAGCUUACAAUCCACCGGAAUUUGAGAGAUGAUGAAGGAUUCAUCAUAAGACAUUUUGCUGGCGCUGUGUGCUAUGAGACUACCCAGUUUGUAGAGAAGAAUAAUGAUGCCCUCCACAUGUCUUUGGAGAGCCUGGUGUGCGAGUCGAAGGACAAGUUUGUUCGGGAUCUCUUUGAGAACAACUCCAAUUCCAAGGACUCGAAGCAGAAGGCUGGCAAACUCAGCUUUAUCAGUGUGGGAAACAAAUUCAAGACCCAACUGAACCUUCUACUGGAAAAGCUACGCAGUACGGGAUCUAGUUUUAUCCGUUGUGUCAAACCUAAUCUGAAGAUGGUGAGCCACCAGUUUGAAGGAGCCCAGAUUCUUUCUCAGCUUCAGUGCUCGGGCAUGGUAUCAGUGCUGGACCUGAUGCAGGGUGGCUUCCCCUCCCGAGCGCCGUUUCACGAGCUUUACAACAUGUACAAGCAGUACAUGCCCAACAAGCUCACAAGGCUUGAUCCUCGACUCUUUUGCAAAGCUCUGUUUAAAGCACUUGGCCUCAACCAGAAUGAUUACAAGUUUGGCUUGACCAGGGUUUUUUUCCGCCCUGGGAAGUUUGCAGAGUUUGACCAGAUCAUGAAGUCUGAUCCGGAGCACCUGGCCGAGCUUGUAAAGCGGGUCAAUAAGUGGCUGGUGUGCAGCCGCUGGAGAAAGGUCCAGUGGUGCACACUGUCAGUUAUUAAAUUGAGGAACAAAAUGAGCUUCAGGGCCAGUGCCUGCAUCAAGAUUCAGAAGACUGUUCGCAUGUGGUUGUGCAAAAGAAGACACAAGGCUCGCAUUGAUGGCAUGGUAAAGGUGAAAAAUUUGAAGAAGAGGAUGGAGAAAUUCAAUGAGGCUGUGAAUGGACUCAAAGAGGGAAAACAAGAAAUGAGCAAACAGGUCGAGGAACUGGCUGCCUCCACCGACGCCCUCAUGACCAAAAUCAAGUCUACGGUGAUGAGCCGCAAGGAGAUCGAGCAGGAGUAUGAGGGCCUGGUGAAACGCUCAGAGCAGCUCCUCUCCUCAAUGCAGAAGAAGAAGCAGGAGCAGGAGGAGACGGAGCGACUCAAGCACAUCCAGGAGGAGAUGGAGAGAGAGCGGAAGAGGCGCGAAGAAGAGGAGCAGUUACGCAAACAGGAGGAAGAAGACCGCCGCAUGAAAGCCGAGAUAGAGCAGAAGAGGAAGCAGGAGGAAGAGGAGAGAAAGAAAAGAGAAGAGGAAGAGCGAGUCACGCAGGCUGAACUUGAGAUACAGCUGGCAUUGGAGCGAGAAGAAGAGACUCAGAGACAGACCAUAAUGGAGCAGGAGAGGAGGGACAGAGAGCUGGCCAUGAGGAUCGCUCAGAGCGAGGCAGAACUCAUCCAGGAUGAUGCUCAAAUGGACCCCAGCUUGCGCAGGGGUGUGCAGGCGCAGGCCAACAAGGUGACAGCCGGGGUAAAGAAGUACGACCUGAGCAAGUGGAAGUACGCUGAGCUGCGAGACGCCAUCAACACCUCCUGUGAUAUAGAGUUGCUGGCAGCGUGCCGAGAAGAAUUUCAUCGUCGUCUGAAGGUGUACCAUGCCUGGAAAUCAAAGAACAAGAAGCAAAAUACAGACACAGAGAUGAGGGCUCCUAAAUCAGUCACUGACUAUGCCCAACAGAACCCCGCUCCACCCGUCCCAGCCCGGCAGCAAGAGACCGCGAUGAACCGACAGCAGCGUUACUUCCGCAUUCCCUUCAUACGACCCGCGGACCAGUACAAAGACCCCCAGAACAAGAAAAAAGGCUGGUGGUACGCUCACUUUGAUGGGCCCUGGAUCGCCAGACAGAUGGAGCUUCACCCAGACAAGCAGCCCAUCCUCUUGGUAGCAGGUAAGGACGACAUGGAGAUGUGUGAGCUGAGUCUGGAGGAGACGGGGCUCACGCGAAAACGUGGAGCGGAGAUCCUCCCGCGGCAGUUUGAGGAGAUCUGGGAGCGCUGUGGCGGAAUCCAGUAUCUGAGGAACGCCAUUGAAAGCAAGCAGGCCCGACCCACCUACGCCACCGCCAUGCUCCAGAACCUUCUCAAGUGAACACCGACCGUCUCUCCUGUUGGUUUACAUGAUCUAUGCACGUGUAGAUGUAGACGGGAAAGUGGUCUAGCUAAAACAAAAGGCUGUGCAACUCUAGUGGACGCAAACCCUGUCUAAUUUACUUUUUGUUUGUAGUUUGUUCUUCAUUUUGCUGUGAACUUAGAAAUCAGUCUUCACACAAAUCUGAGCCUUGCUUGAACCUGUUACUCAGAGACGCCUUAAGAUUUUCAGACCUAGUUCAUAAUGCAAAGGGAUGUUAUUGAAAUAUCACACCCAUGUAAACCUGCUCAUAAAUCUGAAAUACACUAGGUGUUAUUGUUAUAAAAGGACAUUACAGUGUGUAGCGAUAGCCAGUUCUGUUAAACUACACGACAAAGCCUUUGUACACUUUCAGUCGCAUUAUUGGUAAUGUGAUCUGUCUCAUUUGUUGCAUGUUAAAUUAUGAUAACGAGGCAUUCCCCUAAUAAUUGCUUUUGAGCAUCCUGACCAACCCAUGCAACAUUGGCUCAACCAAUGGCGUGGGUUUAGGGGCGGGACUAUCCAUUCAUUUGACAAAUGGCAACUGGAGGCACUUACUCCAGCUUUUAAAAUAAAAUUCUCUCUCAAGACUUAAAUGGUCAUUACGUUAAAUAACAAUUGAAAGUAUCUUUAAUCUAAUCAGAUGGUGGUGGUAAAGGUUAAUGAGGAACAUGAACUGGAAUAUCAUUAGGUUGUAAUAUUUUCUCGCACUGUGUACAUGUGGUAAUAAUGGCAGUGUUGUUUCCAAAAACUACACCACCUGAAAUUGCCUUUACAUAUAUUUGAUAUAGAAUUUUAUAAAAGCAGCUUCAGUUCAUAAAAAGGGGAUAGCCACUUUUUUGUACUUAAAUCAUGGUGAUAUGCUAAAAGGCAUACUCAUUUCUGUUCAGUGAAGUAAUAAUGGCACCUUUGUUAAUGAUUUGCUGUGAAUUUUGUGGUAGAUUUCUCUCAUUUGAAAACAUUUAUGUACCAACUCAAGGAGAAAUGUAUUUAAAUGAGCUUGUACUCUGACAUGUGUCUCGUUAUGGCCCUUUCCUAUCUCAUUUGGUAACAACUGCCUGAAGAAUGGAAGCAAUGGAAACAGCAGUGAGAUCCUAAACAUUCUGGAAACUUGAGACCGACCAAAUUGCUGCAUUUGAUCAAUUUGCUGUCAUUAUCCAGACUUUGUUUAUUCAUAAGCUAAUGUUUUUUCUCCAUUGAGCCCUUUCCAGAUGAAAAGAUGUCAUCUCAAACAGUCAGUUUAUCCAUAUUAUAACUGUUAAUUAUUUGUUCCUUGACUGUCAUUUAUCUUUGAUGUUUCUGGGUUAAAUAUACUCCGAUUUUCUUAUUUUUGACUGGCCACUGUUACUCUCAUCACUUUGUUAGACCAAAAUAAACAUUCCAUUUCUUAUGUUUCAA